AUGAGCACGCCGUCUGUGAUACCCAAGGCUGUUUUGUACUAUAGCCCACACUCUGUGUGGUACGAAAAGGGGUACGGAGAGGAUGAGGUUGAUCUCAAGGUCGUCGACAUCGAUAAGGGAGAAGAAUUCUCCCCGACAUUCCUCAGGUUAAGCCCCAAAGCAAUGGUGCCAACUCUUGUUGUACCCCUCCGCGGCUCUCUAGCAUCCGAUGUUGCGAGCCGCUUCAAGGCUAUCUCAGACACGAAAGCACUUAUCGAGUUCUUGGACAAAUCCCGGUCCGCAACUUCUCACACGCACACUACAUCGACCGCUCCAGCCCCAUCCUUGUCCCCCGCAACAGUUGCAUUUGCUAGUGCAUCCAGCAAGAUUAUUGGCGCUAUUCAGGCUGACGAGGUCUCUCCCGAUCAUUUACAGCACUUGAAUGCCCGCGAUCAAGCAUUCCCUAUCCUUGAAUCCAGACGAGCGGCAAUCGUGGGAUAUCUAGCUGAGUGUGAAAAUGAAAGCAUCCGGAUGUCCGAAAAAACCAAGGCAUUCUGGCAAGAGAGAAAGAUAGAGGUGGAGAUGACACUGAGUAUUUUCAAUGGACACGACGUCGAUGGAUAUUUGGCACGCUCCAAAGAAAUGUGGGAGUUGAUCGGGCCCUAUGCGUUAGGCGAUCAGGUCUCUAUCGCGGACAUUCAUUUGAGCGCUUGGCUCUCUCACCUAGUCAGACUAGCCGGCGGAAGCCCUUCUGAUGAUGGAGAUGUUGCCAUAAAAAAGGUGGAAAAACAUAUUGGAAAUGGGUUUGUCUUUCCAGAGGACUUUUUGUCUUCGGCUUUCAGCCCUUUCACUGAGGAGAAACCAGUCGCGAGGAGCAAGUUGGCAGCAUUUUGGGAUGCAAUGAAAACAAGGUCGAGUUGGAAGAGGGUUUACUGA